AUGGCGGAAGAACAAUUCAUUGAAGGCAAAGCAUCUUUCGACAUCCCCUCCAUCGACCAUACCUGCGAAACAUACUACAAAGUCUAUGGCGAUGUCCGCCAAGGCGCACCACCUAUCAUCGUAGUUCACGGCGGACCCGGCUCUGGCCACAACUACCUCUUAGCAUUUCGAAAACUCUGGGACCGCUACAAACUGCCUGUAAUCUUCUACGACGGAAUCGGCAGCGCAAAAUCGACACACCUCCGCUACAAGAAGUACGACAAGGGGUUCUGGACAAUCGAGCUCUUCGUCGAGCAGCUGGAAAGCCUCAUCGCACAUCUCCACCUGGACAAUGACCAAGGCACCGGCUACUAUCUCCUCGGACACAGCGUAGGCGGUAUCAUCAGUUCUUCCUUCGCCGCCCGCCGGCCGCAAGGUCUGAAGAAACUGGUCCUUGCGAAUGCACCAGGAUCCGUCGAUCUCCACAUGUACGGCAUGGAGCUAUGGGCCAAGGAAUUGCCAGAAGAAACGCAACGAGCCUUUGCAGAAGCGAGUCGAACCCGUGACUGGAAGGCGCAGGGUUAUGUGGAUGCCUUGACUUUGCUGAACAAGAACUACUGGUGUCGUGCGGAUCCGCACCCGCCGGAACUCGAACAGACGGCAAAGAACCAUGCGGAUGAUGAGACGGUGACAGAGACGAUGUACGGGCGAGCGCCUCACGAGCUAGUCGGCUCAUUGAAAGGCUGGAAUCAUUUCGCCGAGUUGCCCAAGAUCAAUGUGCCUACUCUUCUGUACAACGGCGAAUGGGACAUUGAGCGAGACGAGGUCGUCGCACCGUAUGUGGGGCAUGUUCCAGGUAUUCGAAAGGUCACAGUUGAGAGGGCAAGUCAUAUGUCCCAUCUUGACAAUGACGACUGCUUGAAUAGAGUAUUGGAGUUGGUGGGAUCGUUCUUCGUGGAGGGUUGA